GGCAAUUUGCCUCCGCCCGCGCAAAUCACCUCAUGCGGCAGUGGAAUCUACGAGGUGGGCUCGGGCUCCUUGGAAGGGAACGCAACGAAAGAAGCCGUCAACCACGCCUUGCAAAUCUAUACCAGCCCAACGAGCACACCCAACCACCAGAUUGAAAAGACCUCAUUCAUUACGUCGGCGAUCCGUGCGAUCUCUCUCUCCACAGGUGGUAGCUGUUGUAUGUGAUUUAUUUAUCUUUAUCGCUGCUCUUUUUUUUCUUUCUUUUUUUCUUCUCCCUGUCCCACUUUCGCCCUUGCUCCGUUCGUCCCGCGCCCCUAGACUGUUCUCGUCAUCCUGUCGCCUGUCUACGACACAUGAUUCUUCAAUGUGAACCACCCGUCUAACGACGUCAAAACUACCUGCCCACCAAAGAUGGCCAAAAAUUCAAAAGGCAGGGCCGGCAAAAACGCGGCCGGCGGGUCGGCACACACCGCCCCCGAACAGCCCCGACCGGCCGACCCCGGACCGCCGGCAAUCGUCACUGUGGGCUCGGGCCCGGCAUCCGAACAUGUUUCCGAGCUGCAGCUGCUCCUCGACAAUGACUCGGGAUACGGCGGCAGCAUCGCCGGGGACCCUCGCACCUUCGCACCAGUGCCCCAGGCGCAGGUUGAGCCCGACCGUCGCGCGCAGCCCGGCGCUAUCCACCAGCUCUACUACAACUCACAUCGCGUCGCCCUUGCGAGGUCCAUCAACCUUGCCAUAACGCUGCUCAAGGGCCUCCGGGAGAUGAAUUCAAAAUGGCCGGCCCAUUACCCCUCGGUUCACGGCACUGAACCACCCAACUCGCCCCGUCCGGGCGCUCUCAAGCACUCAUAUACAACCACAGGCGACUUUCCCAUAUCUUCCUCGGCUAGCCAUCCACGCCAACUGAGGCGGUCCAUGACUGCCGAGGCUGGCAGUCAGGAGGCAGAGUCCAGCAAGGCUGCCGAGCAUCGUCCUGUCCCAGAGCCACGGCUAGUUUCGCCCCAGAUCUCGAGGGACUUCUCUGUCCUUAAGCUCGACCUCAAGCUGGGCUCGCUGCACCAGGCCGAGCUCGUACACUCCCUGGAGAAGGAGUCGGUGGCGUCGUUACUGGACGGCAAAAUUGGCUCCAGCAUAAAGCACCUGCAGUCGCUGAGGGAACGCAUCGAGGAUACAUCAAGCAAGGUCCUGGUGACGGGCGAUCUCAACGCGGGCAAGUCGACCUUUUGCAACGCGCUUCUCCGCAGGAAGAUCCUUCCCGAGGAUCAGCAGCCGUGCACUAGCAUCUUCUGCGAGGUCCUCGAUGCUGGUCAAAACAGCGGCUUGGAGGAGGUCCAUGCUGUGCACAAGGAUGCCGUCUACGACCGCCACGACGAGUCAACCUACGACGUGUUCUCGCUUGCGGAGCUGGAGAAUAUCGUGAUCGAUAGCGAAACGUACAUGCAGUGUAAAGUGUACGUCAAGGACGUGCGCUCCAUCGACGAGUCUCUCCUGAACAACGGAGUGGUCGACAUUGCGCUUAUAGAUGCACCCGGCCUGAACUCGGAGAUGACAAAGACGACCGCCGUUUUCGCCCGCCAAGAGGAGAUCGACGUCGUGGUAUUCGUGGUGUCGGCCGCCAACCACUUCACAAUCUCGGCCGCAGACUUCAUUUCGGUUGCUGCGGCCGAGAAGGCGUACCUGUUCAUCGUCGUCAACGGGUUCGACAACAUUCGGGAUAAAAAGCGCUGCCAGAAAAUGAUUCUGGACCGUGUCAAGGGUAUGAGCCACCGCACAUACAAGGAGGCAUCUGAGUUGGUACACUUCGUGUCUAGCAAUGCCAUACCUGUGGCGCCUCCACCUCCCCCACCCCCCGGCGGUAGCAGCACUGGUGGUGGAUCUGGAAUCGCCGAUUCUGGUGACGGCGGCGACGACGAUGGGCCAGACUAUGACGCUCCAACCGGCAAGGGGAAAGGGAAAGACAAGGAGAAGAUUCGAGACUUUGAGAAUCUGGAGCAGUCGCUUCGUAGGUUCGUUUUGGAAAAACGGUCGAGGUCGAAGCUGGCACCCGCGAAGAACUACCUCCUCAACAUCCUGGGUGACCUCCAGAGCCUGGCUACCGUCAAUGUCGAGGUUUCCCAGUCAGAACUCGACAGGGUGAACAAAGAGCUGCGGGAGAUCGAGCCCUUGCUGGACUCGGGCAAGAAGGCAUGUUCCCAGGUCAACGAAGACGUCAACAAGUGCAUAGAGGGCACGUGUGCCAGAGUUUACGACCACACACGUGACGUACUGGGCUCAGCGAUUCAAGACGUCGGGGACGCAGACCUCGGGGUACAUUACCCCGGACUAUGGGGCUGUCUGCAGUAUGCAGAGGAUCUGAAGGAGGCAAUGCUUGGGCAGAUUGCAGCCGCGGUCGAGGCUUGCGAGGAUCAUGCUCGGGCAAGGACCGUUGAUGGCGUCAAUGCUAUCAAACAACUUGGCCUACUACAUCUCGGCAACGACUAUGCAGGGCUCACCUUCAGGCCCGACGUCAUGUUUCGCCGGAAGCGCGAUAUUCUUGCACGACAAGCCGAUAUUCCCACCGAGCUAUGGGACUUUGUCGACUUGCCCACCCUGCUUCGGAGACAGGAGAAGAUGGCGGGCACCGGCAUGGCGCUCACAGUAGCAACUGCUCUUGGCAGCCGACUUGUUGGAGGGUAUGGGUGGAUGGAUCACGCCCUAAGCGCGGCGCGGAUACUUGGCAACGACAAUUUGCGACGACUGAUAGUUCCCGGUAUAGUCGCUGUUGCAAUCGCCGCAUCUGCCUUCGUUAUAAACUCAAUCCCUCAGUCUCUUCCGCAUCGGCUGGCGGCUAAAAUCUCGGUUCACCUUGCCAGUACCGACUACGUCCAUGCAAACUCUGUGCGCAUCUCGACAUCGGUGCGCAAGGUCCUUGGCAUUCCCGCCGACUCGGUGCGCGUCGACCUGCGGCGUUCUGUGGAGCAACUUGAUUCCCGCAGAGAGGAAGGGCUCCGCCUGAGUGCUGAGAGCGCCGUUGCCCUCAAGUACUUUGGAAAUCUGGUUCGCGACAGCGCAAGGUACAGGAGCUCUGUAGAUGAGCUGGACCUUGAAGCACAUGUUGCGACGGAGCAGCAUGCGGAAACUUAGCGUCAUAUUUCCCCACGAUGAAGCUUUAACCGCGAGGCUUCACCACAAACGGGAUUGUCCUGGAAGCAAAAACAUCGCACCCACCGGGAUACGAUUUACCUGUUAGUUAUUGCUCUUGGCGGGUGCACGGCAGGAUCGUAAACUCAAGUAGAUUUUUAAUCCAGCUCCACUCAUGGCAACCUACGCUCAACCCCGCCUCAUGUGGCACUUUGAUGUAUGAUAUGAUAUGG